CCGGUCGGUAUGAGUUGCGGAUUUAAAAUGAUUUUUUCCCGCAUUUCAGGCAAAAUGAAGGUCCCUGGGCCUAAGAAGAAGAAGGUUGGGGGAGGGAAGAAAAAAAUAUCUCAGGUGAAGAGAACUAAUAUAAAGCGAAACAAGAUGAAGGUUAGACCCAACUCUACACCUAAAUAUAUUCCGAACCAGAACAAGAAGGAGAAAAUGCACAGUGAUCAACCUCAAUUAUCUACUGCACAACAACAAGCGAACCAGGCGGAGAAUGACAAGGAUAGGGACAGCGCCCUUUUAGAGCUGGCGGAGAACCUUUCGGAGGAAGACAAGGAGUUUAUCAGGAGAAUGGACAGGAAGAGGAAGAAGGGAGGGAAGGACAAGGAGGAGGAGGAGGAGAUCGAUGAGAUGGAGAAGGGAGCUAUAGACAGAAUAAACGCAGAAAACGACAGUCAAAAGAAGAUGAAAGCAAUGCUCCCAAUCAAAACUAAAGCUGGUUUAAAAGAAAGAAAUAUUGAAGUAUCUGAUCAUGAAGAAGAAGAGGAGGAAGAGGAAGAGGAGGAUGAGGUUGCUCCUAAGAAGGCGAAGGGUGCAGAUGAUGAUGAUAUGGACGAGGAUGAGGAAGAGGAGAACAAAGUUAAAGAACCUGAAAUAGCACCCGGAGAAGAAGUAUCUGUAGUUGAACUCUACGCUCGGAGAAAAGAACUUCUUCUUGAGAAGAAAAUCCACAUUGGAAGCUUGGCCUCUAGUUUCCUUGAGGCCCCGGAGGACCGACUACCCAACCUCCAGAAGCUUGUUAAGCUGGUGAGCGCCCAGCAGCCGGAGUCCGUUAUUAUCAGCGUACAGAGGCUGGCGGCUGCUAGUGUCCUCGAGGUUCUAAAGGACGUGACUCCAGGAUAUAAGAUCUCUCAUCAUAAUACGGAAGAGAAGCUUAAGAAAGAAACCCUGAAGCUGCAGAAGUAUGAAGCUGAGCUGCUCCGCUGCUACAAGCUCUAUCUCCUCAAACUUGAAAAACCUCUAAAUUUAUUCAAAAAACGCGGGAAAACUAAACCAGCGUUGGAAGUUAAACAAGCCGAAUUCUUUUUAUCCUGUAUGUGUCAACUUCUGGUAGUUCAUCCUCACUUCAACUUUGCUAAGAAUAUUCUCCACGCUAUCACUCCAAUCCUGACCUCUGGGCACCCUGGGGCCAGGAACAUGGUUAAAAAGACCCUUGAGGAGGUGUUCAAGGGGGAUAUGAGGGGGGAGAUCUCUCUAGAGGCUGCGAGGCUGAUAAAUCAUCUGGUGAAGAGUAGAAAGCAUAAAGUGAGGACAGAGGUUGUUGACGUCCUUCGUGCGCUCAGAAUUAAGAACGUGAACCUAGACAAGGAGAAAGAGGACGAGAUCGACAUGAAGAAGAAGGAGGCUCGGAAGCAGAAGCUGAUGGAGAAGAAUAAGAUCUCCAGGAUGGAGAAGAAGAGGAAGAAGAAGCUGGAGCUGCUGGAGAGGGAGAUGUUGGAGGCGAGGGGAGAAGAGGGGAAGAAGGUGAAGGAGAAGUUCUUCACUGAAGCGACUAAACUAGUUUUCACAAUUUACUUCAGAAUUCUUAAAUCCUUCCCAAGAAGUAAUCUCAUGGGAUCUGUACUGGAGGGGUUGGCAAAGUUUGCUCACGUGAUCAAUCUUGAGUUCUUCUCCGACCUCAUCUCCGUGUUCAGAGACCUUCUUUCCGUAGACUUCCUUUCUCACAGGGACAGCUUACUUCUGGUAAGCACGGUGUUCACGAUCCUCUCUGGGCAGGGGGAGGCCCUCAACAUCGACCCCGCCUCCUUCUACAUACAUCUAUACAACAAUAUGUUCCUCCUUGACUCUAUCAGAACACAUGAGGACGUUCCCUUAGCGGUGAAAGCGCUCUCGGAUAUGUUGAUAAAACGCAGAAAGCGCGUUAGCCGGGGUCGUGUGCUUGCCUUCUCUAAGCGCCUGGGAACCCUGUCCUUACAGCUUCUUCACCACGGAGCAGCUGCCUGCCUGGGGCUGCUCCGGCAGCUGAUUAGUACACAUACAGUUGCUCUGCAGCUCCUGGAUAGUGAUCACGAGGUUGGUUCUGGUGUAUUUGAUCCUACAGUACAAGAUCCAGAACAUUCUUCUGCUAGUAAUACAACAGCAUGGGAACUCUCACUCCUUGUCAAUCAUUAUCAUUCACCUACUGCCAGGAUAGCUGAACAUAUUUCUGCGCAGUGUCCGCCCUCAGGAGAACUAUCAUUACCUCAGGAUUUAAAGAAACCGGCAGAAGAGCUGUUUUCCAGUUUUUCCAUGGACGAAAUGGGAUUCUCUCCGGCCAUAAAACCGCCGGGGAAACGAACCGGAAAGAAAGGAACUCCCUCCACCAUCACCCUCCCCCUGGAUUCAGUUCUUUGUCCAGAAAAUUUAGAUUUUUUUACAGCGUGUAAAAAAUAAUAUUUUUUUAUAUUUUCCAGA